AUGGCGUUUUAUAAGGUGCAAAUCGCUGUACUCGGUGGGACCCGGUUCUCCGAACAAGGCCAACUGGAGGAGGCGGGUGCCAGCUACAACUUCGCGACAGUGGCACCUGUCGGGCCGUGUCCUCGUCUGGAGGCGAGACCAGCCGGACAUGCUGGUGACAAAGGCGAUCCCGGGUGCCUACGGAUGGACCGACCGUCGCCUCGUCAGUUUCAAGAUGCGGAUUCGCCUACAGUUUCGCAGGUAACCUCAAAUUAAGCGACCUCCUGGUAAGCAGAAUAUCGCUUUGUUCUCUUUACCUGCUCACCAUCUCCUUUUCAGCAAAGAGCUAAUUCAACGGCUAGCCAACCUUCCAGUCACUUAUGCCGCCGCUGACGAGAACGCCUCCGUGGAGAACCGAUGGUGUUAAAUGUGGGACACAGUUCGGUUGACGUCGACGACCCCGACGGUACUCGGUCGCGCAAGCCGCCAACACCAGGACUUAUUCGAUGGCAAUGACGCCGACAUCAGCAACCUGCUCGCCGAGAAGAAUCGCCUGCACAAAGUAUACGUCUAUCGAACCACCGACGACAACAGAGCAGCCUUCUACCGUAGUUGACUCCCUAUGCAACAGCGGCUGCGGGAGAUGCAGGAAGCCUGGACGGCUCGCAAGGCCUAGGAGAUCGAAGGGUAAGCGGACCUCAACGAAAAGAUGAACUACUUCGAAACGUCCGAAACAACUUCGACCUGGUUAUCGACACGGAGAAGACGGUGGUCAUGCACGAAUCGUCACCCGACGCUGCCUACGUUGCAUCCCAAAUCAACGUGAACAGCGCCUAACUGCAGGUCGUGGACAACGUCACCUAUCUGGCAGCAGGCUCUCCCGCACCACCAAGAUCGACGAUGAAGUGGUCCGACGGAUAUCCAUAGCCAGUCAAGCAUUCGGCCGUCUGCAAAUGACAGUCUGGAAUCGCCACGGUCUUCGCCUCAACGCCAAACUAAAGAGGUACAAGGCUAUUAUCCUGCCGACGCUGCUGAAUGGAGUGAAGACCUGGACGGCGAAGACUCAACCAUUACCACCUCAGCUGUUUUCGAUGGAUACUGAAUUUCAGAUGGCAGGACCGGAUGCCGGACACGGGUGUACUGGAGCGGACGGGAAUCCUUAG